GGGGGAGGUUCGGGUAGGGGGAACUAAAGAGGGAGGCGGUGGGAAACUUGGAAGCGGUGGAGUAAUAAGUCCCGCUGCCCCUUGUAGAGUGUAUCCGCUCCCGCAUGUAGUGCAGGCUGAGAGCAACCAAAGCCUACUGGGCCGGCGCCUUUCAGCCUCCUCGCUUUGGAGGUAUAAUUGUGUCGUGGAGGAGUGCGACUAUAUUCAGUGUUCUACACGCACUACUUCUAGCAACUGGGACUGGGGAAGCGUCAGACUGUACCUGCAUUGGCAAAUGACUGCUUCUCGGGCACGGAGCCCGAACUGGGCGCGGAAGUGUUUCUAUGCGGACUAUGCGACAAAAUAGCUGCGUUUCUGUACAGACGGUCGUUUCACAGCUAAGAGUUGCAGUUCUGCCACAGAUGGGAGGGCAGCGUUUCAGUGGCAGAUGAUAUAAUAGUAAAGCGUUGCCUCAUUUGCUGCCCUAAUCGCUUAUUCCCCAGGAGGUUCACGAAAGAAACUUGUGGUAGUUGUGGGUUAUAAUGCUCCAUGGCAAAGGCCAGGAUACCCAGCCAGCUCCCAAGCCCAGCUCAGGAAAUGAUGGAGACCAGCAAAGGACUCAGAAAACUACUCCACCGUCUCCUGCCCAGUCGUUUACACCAACAGUCAGCUCACCUGCACCACAGUCACCGAGUUACCAAAUUCAGCAUCUCAUAAUGAGCAGGAAUUCGAUGCCUGGUCAGAAUGUAAAUAUCACCCUACAGAAUGUAGGUCCUGUGGUACCAGGAAGCCAGCAGAUAACACUUACUUCAUUGCCAAUAACCAGUCCAGCUUCCCCAGGCUUCCAGUUCAACACACAGCCCAGAAGGUUUGAGCAUGGUUCUCCAUCUUACAUCCAGGUUACCUCACCAGUGUCUCAACAGGUCCAGACUCAGAACUCUACACAACCCAAUACUGUGCCUAUACAAGCACUACAGGGUGUCCGAACAGGAACUUCAUCAGCCAGUUUGGGUAUGUGUAGUCAGAGCCCUACUCGUGGUUUUGUGGAUGCUGGUUUACUGGUAAGGCAGCUUAGCCUUGGUCCUUCUAAUACUGGGACCUUUGUUAUUCAGGAGGGUUCUGGAAUAACACAGAUUGCACAAAGUGCACAGGUACAUCUUUCACCUGGAACUCCGACAGUCCCAGCACACAAUCUGCUUCACUCCAGUUCACCAACAGUUGGCCCUGUGCAUCAGUUUGGUUCACAAAAUUCAGUGACAGGCUCAGUGAAUGUACAAUCUCCAUCAACUCCAAGCCAAUUAACCACCAACUUAUCACAGCAGCUAAGCAGUAUUAUCCAGGGUCAGCUUAUUCAGCAACAACAGCAGCAGCAGGUACUCCAUGGACAGCAGGUUAGCAGAACAUUCAGCUUUGAUGGGACUUCCAGUGGGAUGAUAGCUGGUGUUACUGGUACAUCGGCUUUUGGGAUAACGUCUGCAGCUACUCCAACAAGUCCAUCACGAGUGACAGGUCCUCAGGCACGUUCUAGUCUUCCCUUAACUACAACCUUGGGCACCACAUUGAAAAGGCAAGCAAGAAAGCUUGAGGAGAUACCACCUGCUACUCAAGAAGAUGCUUUACUAAGGAAGCUUUGUUUUGAUUAUCAUCACCAACAAAUGCAAGCUCUUAAGGAGACCUAUACUGAAUAUUUGAUAGAGCUGUUCUUCCUCCAACACUGUCAAGGCAACAUGAUGGAUUUUUUGCCCUUUAAGAAGAAGCGCAACAUAUAUCAGAACUUUCUUAGACAAAAUGACUUGGAUAUGGAAGUAGAUGAGGAAGAAGCAGACAAGAAUUCCUCUCGGGCUAUAUAUAUGCAGACUCCAGAUCCUUCUGCAAGUUCGGUGAUAGAAACUCCAGCUGACAUGGAAAUCCAAGUCUCCAAUAUGCUGGAGACUGCAAGUGAUCCCGCAAUGAAGCAGUCCCAGUCACCAAUGGUAACUCUUGGUCUUCCUCUCCUUCCACCUGUUACAGGCCGAAAUGCCAUGGAUGGUACCAAGCCUGCAGGGUCAUGCCCCACCCCACACAAUAAUUUGAUCAACUACAGGUACCAGGCACUAGCUGGAAUGUCGCCUUCUAAACAGACAUCUGCUUCUGUUGGUAGCAAACUAAAGGACCCAACAAAAGUUUCCAUAUUGCAGAAUGCUGCCGGAGCACAAUCUCCAUUCAGAACCCAGCUGCCUACAACACCAGUCUCUUCUGUGCAGACUACAAUGCAUCUUGCACAGCAGCAACAGCUUAUUACAGAGGCCCAGUCCCAUACAAUAGCAAAACAGCAAUCUCCUGGCAUUGUCAGCCAAACACUGUUGCACACUCAAAACUCUCAGCCUUCUCAAGAGAAGAUGGUAGACCAUUUCUCCUCCUUGAAGCCGCCUCCAGUGCCGGCAUCCGCAUCUAAGAUGGGGUCAGACUCCGUUAAAACCACAGUUCCUGUAGGUUUGAAACCUGCUUCUUUAACAUCCUCCUCACCCAGCAUUCCUGACUCUCUACCACCUUCUGUGGCUGUUUCACCAAAGAGGAUAUUAUCACCUGGUGCCAGCAAAGCAUUAUCUCCUGCCUCACGGUCCCCUGGAUUGGCAGGGCCCCAGUCUCAGGAAUCUCAGAGCCUUGCACCAGUUCCUGGGGAUGCUCAGCAAGAAGCUCUUAUUCCAAAACCAGUAGAACAGGAAAGCUAUAUCCAUCAGCGAAUUGCAGAGCUGCGAAAGGAAGGCAUGUGGUCUCCAAGAAGACUGCCCAGACUUCAAGAGCCUUGUAGAACUAAGUCUCACUGGGACUAUCUUCUGGAGGAAAUGUCAUGGAUGGCUGCAGAUUUCGCCCAAGAGAGGAUUUGGAAGCAGGCUUGUGCAAAGAAGCUGGUCAGAACAGCUGCUAGGCAUUGCCAGGAGAAAGAGCAGAAGGAUGCCAGAGCCAAGAAGGAGGAUGAAGACCGAUUGCGACGCAUAGCAUGGCUAGCAGCCCGGGAAAUACAGUACUUUUGGUCCAAUAUUGAACAGGUGGUUGAGAUAAAACUACAGGUAGAAUUACAAGAAAAGAUGAAAAGAGCUUUCUCCGCACAAAAAAAAACUCAAAAAGGUCUUGAACCUAAAAAGCUUGAUUCACAGAUUAUUGUGGAUGCAGCUGUUUCGGGGGCAAAGAUAAAUGUAGAGAAUAAUGAGAAUGCUGUGAAUGUGGAUGCAAACCAGAAAGCUGUGGUUUCAAUUGAGGCCCUUUUGACUAUUGAAGGAACCAAUACAGCUCAGCUAGGAGCAAGAAAACAUAGCCGUGACAUUGCUGAGGUUGCUGCUGCUGCUGAACUUUUACUUCCACGGGGCAGCUCUCGCAUCUCUUGUCUUGUGAAAACCAGCCAGCUAUCUCUACUCCAUGGCAUCCUCCGUGAGUAUCAACAAGUUGGGAUGGAAUGGUUAGUAAAGCAGUACAAGAAGAACCUCAAUGGGAUCCUGGCUGAUGAAACAGGUCUUGGGAAGAACAUUCAGGUGAUUGCACUGUUUGCACAUCUGGCCAGUAAUGAAGGAGUAUGGGGACCCUACUUAAUUGUAGCACGCAGCUGUAAGAUAUUAAAAUGGGAGUUGGAACUCAAACGCUGGUGUCCAUCACUAAAGAUUCUUUUGUAUUUUGGCAGUCAGAGUGAACUCAGAAGAAAGAGACAGAUGUGGAAUGAGCCAAACAACUUCAAUGUUUGUAUUACCUCAUACAAGCAAUUCUUCAAGGGCCAUAAGGCUUUCAUGAAAAUGAGGUGGAAAUAUUUAGUUCUGGAUGAAGUACACCAGAUCAAAAACAUGACAGAAAAGCACUGGGAAGCCAUCUUAAAUUUACCAAGUCAGCGCCGACUGCUUCUCAGGGACAACCCACUGCCCCACACAUGGAAGGAACUGUGGACCAUGGUGCACUUCGUCAUUCCCGGCUUGUCCAGGGCAUACUUGGAUUUCCCAGUGAAGGACAGUGACCAAGAUCACGACUACAGACACACAAUUUCUAUUCGAUUGCACAGGUCUACACAACCAUUUAUACUACGCCGGUCUAAGAGAGAUGUAGAACGGCAAUUAACAAAGAAAUCUGAGCAUGUUCUCAAGUGCCAGUUGUCUAACCGCCAACGAGCCCUGUAUGAAGAUGUUAUGAUGCAGCCAGGGACACAGGAUGCUUUGAAAGGAGGGCAUUUUGUCAGUGUUCUCCAUGUUCUAAUGCAAUUGCAGAGAAUUUGCAACCACCCAGAGCUAGUGGACCCCCGCCUUAAACAUUCCUCUUAUGCUUCUGAAGCCAUUAAAUACAAAACAGCGUCUCUGAUACUACGUGCAUUGCUGCAUGAUCCAUGGAAGAAUGUGGACUUGGCCUCGUUUCUUUUGAUUGGGAUGGAGAAUAAAAUGACUCGUUAUGAAUCACAAGUGCUUCCUAAGCAGAAAGUGACCAGGAAAUUGAUUCAGGAGAUCUAUAAUUCUCCUGAUCCAGCAGUUAGACUCGGUCAUGUUAAAAUCAAACCAAGCAGGCUGUUUGAGCCAGUUCUGUAUGGGCAAAAACCAGAAGGACGGACAGUUAAUUUCCCAAGUGCUUCACAGACACGCACAGUAACUCCUACAACAACCACUGUCUCCCAGCAAGGACAAGUUAGGCGAUCACCAGUCACAACACCUGCUGUACCUCAGGGAGCUAAAGCACCUGCCACCCAGAUUUCCACUCCUCAUGUGCAAGUGGGAGCUCCAAGACCUCAAGCUCCAGUUGCUUUUGCCACAGCUGCCCCAGUAAGGCAGCUAAGCCAGCCACCCCAGCAGAGCAUACCAUCCCCAAGGCUGGUUCUCAGCUCUCAGGCACGAUUGCCAACUGGGGAACUUGUCAAGAUUGCUCAGUUGGCCUCUACCGGAGGAGCUCAAGGCAGGGUGGCACAGCCUGAGACUCCAGUUACUUUGCAGUUUCAAGGGAACAAAUUUACUCUAUCCCAGAGCCAGCUACGUCAGCUCACUGCUGGUCAACCUCUACAGCUGCAUGGUAAUGUUCUGCAGAUUGUUUCAGCUCCAGGGCAGUAUCUUCGGCCACAAGGUUCUGUUGUCCUGCCAACCAUGCCACAAGGUACAGCAACAAAUGCUGUACGAAACCAGCAUCCAGUGGGAGCUCCCCUUCCCAGCACAGGGUCAUCAACUGGACUUGUUGCAGGGAGGAAUAUACAGGCUUUUUCUACAACUGCUGAUUCAGUGCCCAAAACUGCUCAGGCUGCAGUGUGUCCAGCUCAGGAAUCAGCGGAAGAGAAACAGCGUGUGAUUAAAGAACGCCUGGACCGCCUUUUUGUUUAUAAUGAACUACGUUGUGCAAGAUCCCCUAUCUAUGGAACAGACCUAUUAUCUCUCUGCUCCUUAAACUCUUCUGGAGCUCAGCCUCUUUCACUGGGCACAGUAUGGAGCUGGACAGGCUCUGUGAACUGCUUCCAUUCAUCUUGCUCCCCUGAGAACUCAAAUAAUCUACUUCAUCACCUUAUUCUAUCCCAUGAUCAACAGAAGACAGCCUUGGAACCUCUUGCUAUAAGUGCUCUCUGUGUGGUCCCGACAGUAGUUGCGGCUCCUCCAAUUCUGACUGUACCGAAUCCUCCUGCUGCGUACGUUCAUAGCUUAAAGAUGCUAGAACAUGGUCUGAGGGAUCAGCUUGCUCCUGUUUUACCUGAACUGAGGGAGCGAACCACUCCUAACUGCUUGCCAUUUCCUGAUCUUAAACUCAUCCAGACUGACUCAGGAAAGCUGGAUGCUCUUGCUGUCCUUCUGAGAAAGCUGAGGUCUGAAGGCCGGAGGGUUCUUAUAUUUUCCCAAAUGCUUCUGAUGCUGGACAUCUUGGAGCGGUUUCUGGACUUCCAUUCUCUGACCUUUCUGAGGAUUGAUGAUCAUGCCAACUCUGAGCAGUGCCAAGACCUGAUGAAGACUUUUAAUAAAGACCAACGCAUCUUCUGUGUUCUACUGUCUACUCACAUUCCCAAUCUGGGGGCAUACCAAGUGGAGGCAGACACAGUUAUAUUUUAUGACAGUGAUUUGAAUCCUGUUAUGGAUGGAAAAACUCAGUCAUGGUGUGACCUUGUAGGAAGAUCAAAGGAUAUACAUGUAUACAGACUUGUUAGUGCUAACUCAAUAGAAGAAAAGUUGCUGAGGAAUGGAACCAAGGAUCUGAUCAGGGAAGUGGCUGCUCAGGGCAGUGACUAUUCUCUGGCCUUCCUAACACAGCAAACUAUCCAGGAACUAUUUGAGGACUGCUCUCCUUUGGACGACUCAGGAUUUAGAGUAAAAGCUGAAGAGUUUGUGCUGCUAUCACAGGAACCAUCACCUUCUGAUACAAUCACAGCUAAGGUUGCGAAACCAUUUGUGGAGGCUCUAGUUGAGAUUGAGUGCAUCGAGGAGGACAUUACUGACCCAGUGGAAGAAGAUCCAAAUCCCACUACUGGUAUCAGCUAUGCGCAUAGCGGUGAACCAGCUGAUCUUCCAGGACCUUCCCAGUUCCAGGAACUCGUUGAACUCAUGCAGCAGCUGACUCCCAUAGAGAAGUAUGCCCUGCAUUAUCUGGAAUUAUUCCAUGUCCAAAGAGCUGAAGCCCAUGAUGAAUGCACUGAGGAGAAGUUAAAUGCUGCCAAAAGGGAGUGGGACUCUAAACAUCUGCGAGAACUUAAGGAGAGGGAGGAUAUGAUGCAGUGUGAAGCAGAAGGGGAGGAGGAGCUACUGACUUACACUCGGGAAGAUGCAUAUAACAUGGACUUUAUUUAUGAUGGACCAGAUGAACAGACUGAAAUAAUGCCGGUCUGGACUCCACCAACCCCCCCACAAGAUGAGAAUGACAUUUACAUAGAUUCUGUUAUGUGCCUAAUGUAUGAUACCAAUCCCAUCGUGGAGUCUAAACUUCCUCCAGUUUAUAUGAGAAAGGAGCGCAAGCGACAUAAGACUGAUCCUGCUGCUGCAGGUCGCAAAAAGAAGAUGCGACAUGGAGAAUCAGUGGUUCCACCUCGAUCACUAUUUGACCGGGCUGCGCCAAACCCUCUUAAAGUGCGGAAGGAGGGCAAGGAGCAGAAGAAAAACAUACUCUUGAAACAACAAACUCAGUUUGCAAAACCUCUUCCAACUCUCAUUAAGCCUGUAAUGGAAUCUGGGCCAGACAAUCCAGAAUGGUUGAUUAGUGAAGACUGGGCUCUUCUGCAGGCAGUGAAGCAGCUUCUAGAACUACCUCUCAACCUCUCAGUUAUGUCCCCAGCCCACACACCCAACUGGGAUCUUGUGAGCGAUGUGGUCAAUUCCUGUAGUCGAAUCUAUCGAUCAUCUAAGCAGUGUCGCAGUCGCUAUGAGAACGUCAUCAUUCCAAGAGAAGAAGGAAAGUUGUUGUAUGAUGUCAGUCCAAAGAAGAAAUCUGAAAACCUAUUUAAGACCAAGCCUUUGCGGACAAGCCAGAUCUACGCACAGGAUGAAGGUAUAACACACAUUCAGUUGUUUGCUACCCGAUUCGAACUAAUGAAGAUAAUUGCAGGAAAGAGGAGUCAGCCUAGCAAACCCAUACUUGGAGGCAAUCCAUUCCAGAAGAACCCCAAGCAUGCCUCAGUCCUGGCAGAGAGUGGCAUCAACUAUGACAAACCCCUUCCCCCAACCCAGGUUGCUUCAUUACGUGCAGAUCGAAUAGCAAAGGAGAAAAAGGCUUUAGUAGAACAGGCACGAGCACAGCAGCAGUCUGGUCCAGCACAACCGCAACCUCAGCAAAAUGGGCAACAACCAGCUCCAACAGCAGCAGUGCUGCCAGUACAAAGCCAAGCCCAACAACUUACUGUUACGCAGUCUCAGGUGGUAGUACAACAGCAGCCAGCACCCAAGGCACCCAGUACAAGCACAACUCCCAUCUCCAGCCCCGCACUGCUGACUGGUGCAAUUAAGACUGCAGUGCCUGGAACUACCAUAGCUACAGGUACUGUCAGCGGGAGUGUGGUUGUGUCUGGGGUGCCCCCUGCUACCUUCCAGUCAAUUAACAAGCGUCUUGUGUCCCCGGUGGUAGCUGCUUCUGUAAGUAAUGCUACUGCACAAAUGGUCCAGCAGAGAACAGCAGCCACUGCAACGCUUCCUACUGAGAUGGUCACCAUAGCAACUAGCCAGGGGGUACGAGCUGUUACUUCAGUAACUGGAGGAGCCGUUGUCACUACUAACCUCACUCCUGUACAAACCCAGGCUCGGGCCGUUGUAACCCAGGUGACAACAGCCACCACUGGAGGUGUCCAAGGAACUAGUAAAACUUUAACCCCAGCUCAGCUGCAAAUCUUUAGAAGUCAGCAAGCGAGUCAAAUGCAGGUUCCUCAAAUCCAGGCACAGGCAUCAGGUCAAAUAAAAGCUGUUACUAAGGUGUCCCAGGAACAAUUAUUAAAGCUGCAGAAACAGAAGCUACAACAGGUAACACAGACUGGAACCCUUGCAGGCACAGCACAAGUACAGGUUCAACCUCAACAAACUCAGCAGCUUGCGACAGUUACUGCUUCCCGUGCUGGAACAGUCCUUGCUAGUACGACUAUGACCAAUCUACAGGUGGCACGGCUGUUGCAGGCCCAAAGUCAGAUCCAAGCACAGUCAGGACAGACAGCGCAAGUUGCCCUGGCAAAGCCGCCAGUUGUGUCAGCAGUUGUCUCACCAGGGGGAGUCACCACUUUACCGGUUACUGUAGCGGGAAUCAGUGUUUCAAUAAACCAGCCCCAUAAGGCAGCAGGAGGGCAGACAGUUGUUGCACAACCAUUACAUAUGCAGCAAGUGCUGAAAGUCAAGCAUCCUACCCAACAACAACAGAAAGCUCUCCAGUCACAGACCCCACUGGGGCAGCAGAAGCCUUACCUUUCCCUCCAGAUAACGACACCUCAAGUAUCCACUGCAUCCCAGCAGCAAAAGGUCACCUAUGCCACCCAACAAGGGAUUAAAACUCAGUUCUUAACCACUUCCUUAAGUCAGGCACAGAAAGCAGUUGGGACUCAGCAAGUGCAAGCCCAGAUACAGGUUGCAAAAAUUCCCCAAGUGGUCCAGCAGCAAGCAGCAAUUGCCACACUGCAGCAAGUUGUGUCUGCAUCACAGCAGGUCCAGCCACAAACCGUGACACUGACCCAGGCAACAGCCCCAGGACAGCCCCAGGUCCAGAUGAUACAAGCCCACGUAGUGCAACAGAAAUUACAACAAGUCAUUGCAGCAGCUGCUUCACCACAGAUCCAGGCAGCAGAUGGUCAGAGCACGGCAAUGGGUCUGGUCUCAGCAGAUGCUCAGAACCAGCAGGCCAAGUUGCAAGUCCGACCCCCAACUGUCAGGAUUAAAGCUCCCACUAAACCCAGUUGAGAAGCAAGUGGGACUCCUUUGAAUCAAGAAGCCAUGUUAAUGAAUCUUUACACCUUUGUUAAAGCCUUUGUGCCUGAGGGGGCCUUUGAAUAGUACUGUAGGACCAUUCUGAAUCAAGGGGAGCAAAUGAAAUAGUCUUUACUUCAGGGAAAUACUUUCAUCCUCAUCCAAGAGAAAAUCAACUGGAGCGGUUAAGUUUUUGGUUUUUUCAUAUCUUGCCAUCAACGUCUUGACAAAUCAUUCAUUAUUUCAGAAUCUCUCGAGCUCAGGAUUCCAUUUGUCUGGCUUACUACAGAGGAAUAAGCUUGAACUUUCAGGACUUUCAGUUGGUUGAAGAAAGUGUGGAUACGGUUAAACCAUGCUUCUACAUUUACUUGAUUGAUAAAUCAGGCAUAUACUAUCCAUAGUAGCACAAAUCAUUGUCUUACGUGAAGGAUCUGACCAAUGCUACUGUUGCACAAAUGUACACGCAUAUAUCUUGUGCUAUUGUAUGCAUGCUUCAUUAAAGUGUUCACAGAAGGCAUGCUACACAAAAUGUUCACUUACUAAGGGGAAAAAGCCAUAACUGGAAGAACAGGUUUCACGUCUGUGGCCUUGUAAAGGUGUAUAUGCCAAUCUAUGUACCACUACUAUGUGCAGCCUGCAAACGUUGCCUUUUUUAGGGGCCAUUAUUAAAAA